AUGCGUCUCUCCCUCCUCGCAGCCGCCCCCCUCAUCGCCGCCGCCGCCGCCGCCGCCUCCCUCUCCUACCGGGCCGACUCGGCCCCUGCCUGUGCCCAGGACUGUUUCGAUACUGCCGAUACCCAGGAUUCUGGAUGUUCGUCUGGAGACACUGCUUGCUACUGCAAAAACGAGCUCGUUGUUAGCUCCAUCCGAUCAUGUCUCUCUUCCUCCUGCAGCACCUCCAAUGUGACGGCCGCUGUCGCCUAUGGCGAGUCUGUCUGUGCCGCAGCCGGCGCUUCAGUGUCUAUGGGGUCUAGCUCCACUAGCUCUUCCGGUGCUUCUAGCACCAGCUCCUCCGUUUCGGCGUCAACAACUUCUAGCUCGGCCUCGUCUUCAGAUGCUUCGUCAGCCUCAUCAUCGCCUGCGGUUUCAAGCUCUACGUCUAACGCCCCUUCUUCUAGCGCUAGUGCCAGCAGCUCGAGCGAGAAGAGCAGCUCUUCAAGCCAGGCUGGUGCGGUCGGUGGUGGUGCGGCCACCCAGGCUUCUUCCAGUGCCGCUUCCAGCUCUUCCAGCACCCAUUCUUCAUCUGCGGUUGCCAGCUCUACCAGCAGUGCCCAAGUUUCAAGCUCCAGCUCUGCCGCUCAAGAGUCUUCGAGUCAAUCUAGCGGGGUCAGUACUGCUUCUGCAUCCCCCUCCCAGAGUGGUGCGGUGGCUGCCUCGUCAGCAUCCCCCUCUUCUGAAGCCUCGGGACUAUCUUCCUCGGGAGUUUCAUCUUCGGGAGUUUCAUCCUCCGGUGCUUCCUCCCCUGGAUCAUCCACGGCUUCAUCCAACCCCUCGUCUUCUCAGACCACUAGUCUAACGUCUUCAUCUCAGGGUGCCGUUGUUGAUGGAGCCUCAUCCGCCUCGGACGAAUCUUCUACCGCUACCGGUUCAUCUUCUACCCCCGUUUCCACCUCUGCCCAGGCUUCUUCGGCUUCCAGCGCCGCGUCUUCUGCCGCCCAAUCCUCUUCUGCGGGCUCUUCUGGGGCCGGCUCUUCGUCCAGCGCAGCCUCUACGUUCAGCUCCAGCUCCAGCUCGGGCGCUGGAAACCUCAUGGUUAACGGUCCCUUCAUGGUCGCUGCCCUCGUCGGUGGUGCUUUGUUGGCUCUGUAA